GGAGCUGGGCAGGAAGAGAGGGGAGUCCAGGAAGGAGGUGGAGAGAAUUGGCAAAGUUCCCUGCCACCCCCAUUUUCCAGAUGACGCGACUGAGGCCCAACCAGCUUUGUAGGAGGCGGAGUCUCCCCAGGGUCCCUCUCUGGCUGUCCUAGGGGAGGGGGCUCGGGGAGCCACGAGGCCCCUCCCUGCCUCCCUCCAUCUCCCGGCAAGCUCGGAGAGGCGGGGAGAGAGAGCCAGAGGAGGAGGAGAACUCAGGCAGCUCUGCAGAGGGGGCCAGGAGCUCGGGUGUUUGGUACCCCCAGCCCCACCGCUGUUGCUGCUGCUGCAACGGGGACACAGGUGAGGACGGCCCGAGAGGGAGGGGGAGGGGGACCACCACUAGCGCUGUCCUCAUCCUUCCCUGGUCCAGCCCCCACGCCCUAGCCCAUCCUGGGAUACUCCCCAGGGGUCCCACUGGACCUUGCCCUUCCCAGGCCUCCUUCCGGGGACCCUGCGCCCUCUCCCUGCCUAUGCCACCUUCUCUCCUACGCCUGGCUGUGGUUGCUUCUCUUCCUCCUGCUGCCGCUGCUGCUACUGCCACUGCCCAGCACACACCGCCAGCCCCUCGGGGUGUGGUUUCCCCAGACCUGCCCCCAACGGUGGGACCCAGCCUUCUCCCGGCCUCCCCUGCCAGCUUCCUGCAAAGCCCAGGAGCCCCCCUCCCUGGAGACACACCCAACUCCCUUUCAACACCCCACCCUCCUCUUAACCCCAUUUUGGGGGUAACCCCCUUCCUCUUAUUUAGUCUUCAUAGAUCCCCUGGGUGCUCUGGGACUGUGCCCAACUUCCUAACAUUUGAGUCCCAGCCCCUUGGAAUUCCCCAGGCCCCUUUUUCCUCCCCGUAGAACUCCUGAGACUGUUGACCAGGCUUUCUUGGCCCCUCUAGAUACCCACCUCCCCCAGAUAACUCUCAGCCUCUCAAAAAAUAACCCAGCCCCCUAUCCACCCCUUUGGAUAACCUCUUCCCCUCUCCAGCCCUACUAGGCAGCCCUCGCCUCUCCUUUCUUCCCCAGAACUCCUCUAGAGUAGAGACAUCCCCCCAGGCUAUUCUUGGCAACUCUAGGCAGUCCCAAGACACCUUUCAGCCUCUUUACAACCUCCUGGAUCCACAGCCACCCCUCCAGAUGCACCAGCUGCCUUUCCAGAUCCAUGAGGGGGGUCUAACCCUCUUAUGCUUCCCCUAGAAGCUUGAGGGUGUGGACAACCCUCCUCACCUGUCUCAGCCCCUCUAGAACCCCCACUUCCAGACACUCUCAGUCUCUUUCAAGCACCUCUGGUCCCAUUUCUACCCCUCUGGAUGCCCCAGUCUCCUCUCCACCUCCACAAAGGAGUUCCAGGCUCUUCUGCCUUCCCUGAGACUCUUGAGAGUGUCGAGAACUCCCCCACGUGUUUCUUGGCCCCUCUAGACGCCCCCAGACACCUCUCAGGCACAGGCUAACUCCUUUAGAAUCAUCUCAGUCUCUCUAAACCCUCCCUCAGCUCCUUCUUGGCCCCAUCCCCACACCUCUUUUCUGUUCUCUAUGUCCCCAAGUCCCUUCUUAGUCCCUCAGGACAUUGCCCAGGCCCCUCCUAGGCUCUGUAAAUGUCCCCCAAACUCCUUCCCAUCUCUCUAGUUCUUCCUCCUGGUUCCUCUUGGCCUCUCUAGACACCCCCAGUUUCCUUGUUCAGGUGGCUCAAGGUGUCUCCAAGCCCCCACCAUCCUGGAGACAGCCACAUUCUCCUACACGCCACCCUCACUAAGUCUCCCUGGGCUUGGGGAGCAGCACGAUGGCGGCAGGCCUGGCCACGUGGCUGCCUUUUGCCCGGGCGGCAGCGGUGGGCUGGCUGCCCCUGGCCCAGCAGCCCCUGCCCCCGGCACCGGGGGUGAAGACAUCUCGAGGAGAUGAGGUUCUGGUGGUGAACGUGAGCGGACGGCGCUUUGAGACCUGGAAGAAUACGCUGGACCGCUACCCAGAUACCUUGUUGGGCAGCUCAGAGAAGGAAUUCUUCUACGAUGCUGACUCAGGCGAGUACUUCUUCGAUCGCGACCCUGACAUGUUCCGCCAUGUGCUGAACUUCUACCGAACGGGGCGGCUGCACUGCCCACGGCAGGAGUGCAUCCAGGCCUUCGACGAAGAGCUGGCCUUCUACGGCCUGGUCCCCGAGCUAGUUGGUGACUGCUGCCUUGAAGAGUAUCGGGACCGAAAGAAGGAGAAUGCCGAGCGCCUGGCAGAGGAUGAGGAGGCCGAGCAGGCCGGGGACGGCCCAGCCCUGCCUGCAGGCAGCUCCCUGCGGCAGCGGCUCUGGCGGGCCUUCGAGAAUCCACAUACGAGCACUGCAGCCCUCGUUUUCUACUACGUGACCGGCUUCUUCAUCGCCGUGUCGGUCAUCGCCAAUGUGGUGGAGACCAUCCCAUGCCGCGGUGCUGCACGCAGGUCCUCGAGGGAGCAGCCCUGUGGCGAACGCUUCCCACAGGCCUUUUUCUGCAUGGACACAGCCUGUGUACUCAUAUUCACAGGUGAAUACCUCCUGCGGCUGUUUGCUGCCCCCAGCCGUUGCCGCUUCCUGCGGAGUGUCAUGAGCCUCAUUGACGUGGUGGCCAUCCUGCCCUACUACAUUGGGCUUUUGGUGCCCAAGAACGAUGAUGUCUCAGGCGCCUUUGUCACCCUGCGUGUGUUCCGGGUGUUUCGCAUCUUCAAGUUCUCCAGGCACUCACAGGGCUUGAGGAUUCUGGGCUACACACUCAAGAGCUGUGCCUCUGAGCUGGGCUUUCUCCUCUUUUCUCUAACCAUGGCCAUCAUCAUCUUUGCCACUGUCAUGUUUUAUGCUGAGAAGGGCACAAACAAGACCAACUUUACAAGCAUCCCUGCGGCCUUCUGGUAUACCAUUGUCACCAUGACCACGCUUGGCUAUGGAGACAUGGUGCCCAGCACCAUUGCUGGCAAGAUUUUCGGGUCCAUCUGCUCACUCAGUGGCGUCUUGGUCAUUGCCCUGCCUGUGCCAGUCAUUGUGUCCAACUUUAGCCGCAUCUACCACCAGAACCAGCGGGCUGACAAGCGCCGAGCACAGCAGAAGGUGCGCUUGGCAAGGAUCCGAUUGGCAAAGAGUGGUACCACCAAUGCCUUCCUGCAGUACAAGCAGAAUGGGGGCCUUGAGGACAGCGGCAGUGGCGAGGAACAGGCUCUUUGUGUCAGGAACCGUUCUGCCUUUGAACAGCAACAUCACCACUUGCUGCACUGUCUAGAGAAGACAACGUGUCAUGAGUUCACAGACGAGGUCACCUUCAGCGAAGCCCUGGGAGCCGUCUCACCGGGUGGCCGCACCAGCCGCAGCACCUCUGUGUCUUCCCAGCCAAUGGGACACGGAAGCCUGCUGUCUUCUUGUUGCCCUCGCAGGGCCAAGCGCCGUGCCAUCCGCCUUGCCAACUCCACUGCCUCAGUCAGCCGUGGCAGCAUGCAGGAGCUGGACAUGCUGGCAGGGCUGCGCAGGAGCCCUGCCCCCCAGAGCCGCUCCAGCCUCAAUGCCAAGCCCCAUGACAGCCUUGACCUGAACUGCGACAGCCGGGACUUCGUGGCUGCCAUUAUCAGUAUCCCUACCCCUCCUGCCAACACCCCAGAUGAGAGCCAACCUUCCUCCCCUGGUGGCGGCAGCAGGGCCGGCAGCACCCUCAGGAACUCCAGCCUGGGUACCCCUUGCCUCUUCCCUGAGACCGUCAAGAUAUCUUCCCUGUGAGGGGUAGACCUGCCCAUUCAGAAGGUCCUCUUCAUUUUUGGGAAAUCCUUUCCAAAGCCAUAUUUUUGGGAGGCAGAGAGAGGCAGGCUUGGACACCCCUUCUGCCCCCCUACUGAGAACUAUGCAAUGGAGUUUCAUGAAAUGGUCCACAUAGUGGGGAAGUAGCCAGGAAAUGGGAAACUUCCCCCCACCCCAGACAUUUUUCCUGGUGGGAGCUGAAGCACUGGGCUUCCACAGGCACCUGGCCUCCUUGCCCCAGCACACUGGGGACUGGCCCCACUCUCCCAGCUGGACUCCUGCAUGCUCCUCCCCUUGGGCUCUCAGUUGAAGGUAAAGCUUUGAUCCGAUAUCUGAGGUCUGGCCUAAGAAGGAGAGUUGAGAUUUCCACCUCCCUCUGGCUGGGAUAUGGAGCUUUGGAGGUUCAGAGAAGAGAACCCUCACCUCUGAUCUGGCAUCUGAUCUGGCCUCUACACGAGGUCCUCACCCUCCAUCUGGCCCAACAAUUCCCAGAUUCUGAAGCUUGGAAUGCAAACACAGGCUUCAUGGGCUGUGGCCUCUGCAGUGACCUGCCAUCCCCAGGCCUUGCCUGAGGGGUCAGGCUGCCUCUCCCAACACACACUCAGAUAGCACAAAUUCUACCAUCCCCUUCCCUGGCUGCUGGAAAUGGGACCCCGCAACCCUGUCCUCUGCCGGGCCCCCAGCAAACUCUAGCAAUAGCAGCUGCUGCCGUGUCAUUAUGCAAAGCCUCUGACCAGUUUGCUGCAGCAUUUACAUCUGCCCUAAUCAGAGGGGCCACCUCUAACUCCUCCUCCUCCUCUCUUCUCCUCUGGUUUGCCUCCUUCCUGGGUUGGGCUGGAGUCUGGACUGGCCGAGAUAAGAGCCUGGCAACCAGCAAGAGCUGGGCUGUAUUUGGAGAUCAUGGGCUGAUUCCAUGUUCUUGGGCAAGAGUCCAGAAGCAUCAGGGGCUCAGGCCUGGGAUGUUUCUGAACUUUGGGAGUUAUAGGAGACAGGAGGAACUUCUCCUCCUCCUCCCCUACAAUUUCUUUUCCCAUAUUCCUUUCUUCUCCCUCUUGGGUCACCUUCCAGAACUCUGCUCUCAGGCUGAAAUCUGGCAUCAUCUCAGGUUCUCUGUCCCCAGCACUGUCCCCAUGGAGCUGGCGGCUGACAAAGAUGUAGUUUCCAUCAGUCAAUAAAACCUGAGAGGAGAGAUGAGGACUGAGUAUCUCCUGGCUCUGUGGAUUUGGGGGCUGGUUUGGGCUUGGGGGUUGAAAACACUCUGAUUUCAAUCCCUUUUGGCUAGGAGAAGGGCUGGCAUGGGUCAAGGUAUGGGAGAUGGAUGGUUGGUGAUGUAUUCUGGAAGAUGGGGAUCCAGGAGAAAUGAAAGAACGUGGUUUGAGGAGUCCAUCUACAGCCAGUGAGGCAGGCCAGGGGGUCCUGAGACAUUCCUCCUUGGAUAUCAUCUGCGCCAGCUUCCUGAUUCACAGAUGGGGAAACUGAGACCCAGAGAAACACAUAGAGGAGACUUAAACCCAGGCUUCCUGAUAGCAAACAACUCUGAAUUUAACCCUAAUAAAAGCAUCACUUGGUUUGGUGAA